AUGGGAAGACCUGAUCCUAGUCACGCGUUGCACAUCUUCCUGGCAGUGACUGAUGCCGCCAUUAGCGCAGCUCUGAUCCAAGAAGAACCUCAGUUCAAGUUGGUUUACUUUGUUAGUAGAAGCCUGAAAGACACAGAGAUCCGGUACCAAAAAUUAGAGAAGGUAGCCUUAUCUCUUUUAUAUGUCGCCCGGCGUCUUCGGCCCUAUUUCCAAGGAUAUCAAGUGAUAGUCCGAACGGACUAUCCAAUAGCUAAAAUCUUACGCAAGCCAGAUUUAGCUGGGAGGAUGAUAGGGUGGUCCGUUGAAUUAUCCGAGUUUGGAUUACAGUAUGAACCUAGAGGCUUGGUAAAGGAACAACACUUAGCCGAAUUUGCAGUCGAACUACAAUAUACAAUACUCACGCAUGCCUGGAAACUUUAUGUGGACGGAUCAGCAUGCAAAGCGGGAGGAGGAGCGGGAAUCGUAUUGGUAGGACCGAACGAUAUGGUUGUUGAGCAAUCUAUCAUCUUUAAGUUCAAGGCAAGUAAUAAUCAGACCAAAUACGAAGCAUUAAUCGCAGGAAUGGAACUCGCUCGGGACGUUGGCGCAGACAGUUUGGCAUGUUACACUGAUUCGCAAGUAGUAGAGGGGCACAUGAACGGUAAUUACCAGGUGAAAGACGAUUAUUUACUGCGAUAUUUUCAUAGAGCGAAGCAAUUACAAACAUGCUUCAGUGAAUUCACAAUCACUCAUGUGCCACGAGAGCAGAACACACAUGCCGAUCGGUUAUCCAAGUUGGCCCAUGGAAAAGAAAAAGGGGUUUUAAGUUCAGUCAUCCGACAGGUAUUAUCUGAACCGACUAUAGGCAGUUAUGCUAUUUCUUCUCAUACCGAUGUGGAUAGGCAGACUUGUUGGAAAGAUGAAAUUAUCCGACUCAUACGACGACAGGACGAGGGGCAUAAUCUACAGGCAGACGAAACAAAGAAAAUUUCCCGAUAUUGUUUGAUCGGGGACGAUUUAUACCGAAGGGGGUAUGUUACCCCCAUCAUGAAAUGUUUAUCUAUGGAAGAAGCAAGUUACGUCUUGCGUGAACUACAUCAUGGCAUAUGCGGCAGGCAUACAGGGGGCGGGCACUGA